UCUAUUGAUCCUCUGGGAGAGAAGUUUGAGAGCAGAGCAGUUCUGGAAAAUUCCAGUCCUCCGGUUCUCCGGGUUCUAUUUACGUCAGUACAAGCCCAACCUUGCACCAUGGUUCAAGAUACUUUCUCCAGGUUAACCGGAAAACUGAAGACUGUUAUUUCUUCACCGUUCUCCAGUUGUUUAAAAAAGAAACCCGAAACCGUUAUCGGACCCAAAAAGGAUUUUCAUAAACAAUAUUCAAUCCGAGGAAUCAUAGGAAAAGGAGGGUUUGGAACUGUUUACUCUGGAGUUAGAAGAAAGGAUAAACUUAAAGUCGCAAUCAAAGAGCUGUCCAAAGCUAAGGUUUGCAGGAUGAGUAAGGACGGGAUGGUUCCUCUGGAGAUAGCUCUGAUGCAGCAGGUCUCCGAUGUACCCGGAGUAAUCCGUCUUAUAGAUUAUUUUGACAUGAGCCAAAGCUACUAUAUUGUGAUGGAGAGGUUUAACAGUAAGGAUCUAUUUGAUUUUAUCAGUGAAGAAGGACCACUUGGAGAAAACCUGGCAAGACAUCUAUUCCGUCAGGUUCUUGAUACAGUGAGUCAGUGUCAUAACCUUGGUGUUCUACAUAGAGAUAUAAAGGAUGAAAAUAUAUUAAUAGAUCUCCAAACUCAUCAACUUAAAAUUAUAGACUUUGGAUCUGGGACCUAUCUCCAUGAUGCGGUUUAUACAGACUUUGAGGGAACCCGUGUCUACAGUCCUCCGGAGUGGAUCAAAUAUAGAAGAUAUAAAGCGGACGGAUUAACCGUCUGGUCUCUAGGUAUCCUACUCUAUGAUAUGCUCUGUGGUGAUGUACCCUAUGAGACGGAUGAGCAGAUACGAACCGGGGAUAUAGUUUGGAAAGACGAUGUUAAAAUCUCUCCCCUCGCCAAAGAUCUAAUCGAGAGCUGUCUCCGUCCUGACCCUGAUGAACGGAUAACCCUCUCCAGUAUCAAAAACCAUACAUGGAUGAAGAUUAGUCGUGUAUCUAAGUCUAGUAUAAGCCUUGUCAAAGAUUCUUCCAAAAAAAGUAAACCGGUUGAUGUCUAGAUAUACAUUUUGUUGCCCGAAGAUGCUUUAAUAUCAUUUAUACACAUUUAUAAAUGUUAAUUGUUAAAAAUAAAAUUAUAAUAAAAAGCAAAGAAAAAUA